CGCUGCGGGCGCGGCGGCGGCACCGGCGGCAGCUCCCACCCCGGCUCCGGUCCUGGCUACUGCAGGAGCUCCGCUCUGACUCCGUGUCCGGCUCCGCUCCCGGCUCCGCUCCCGGUACCGCUUUCGGCCUCUUCAGCACCACCGGCUCCGGUUCCGUCCCCUCGGCCAGGGCAGCUCCCGGCCCCGCUGCCGGUCCCGUCCUCAGCCGCAGCCCCGGCCGCAGCCCCAGCCCCGCUCCCGGUGCCGCCGCCGGCUCCGCCCGCAGCUCCAGCCGCGUUCCCUAUCCCAUCCCCCGGCUCAUCCCCGCUCCCCAUCCCAUUCCCGGCUCCCCAUCCCAUUCCCGGCUCCCCAUCCCGUUCCCGUUCCCGUCCGCGCUUAGGAUCCCAUUCCCGGCUCCCGAUCCCAUUCCCGGCCCCGUUUCUGCUCUGGGUCCCAUUCCCGGCUCCACCCGCAGCUUCUCCUCCGGCCUCAGCCCCAAUCCCGGCCCCAUUCCCAGACCCAUCCCUGCUCCCGAUCCCAUUCCCGGCCCCAAUCCCUCUCUGGGUUUCACCCCCGGUUCCACCCGCAGCUGCAGCCGCUGUCCCCAUUCCUGUCCCUGUCCCCAUCCCUGUCCCCAUCCCUGUCCCCACCAGCUCCGGCCCCAUCCCCGCUCUGUGCCCAUCCCAUCCCCACUGCCAUUUCCCCCCUCUCCCGACGCCACCUGCAGCCACAUCCCAGCCCCAUCCCUGUCCCCAUCCCUAUCCCCAUCCCAGCCCCAUCCCGGCCCCAUCCCUGUCCCCAUCUCAUCCCCAUCCCUGUCCCCUCUCCGUCCCCGCCGUGUCCCCAUCCUCCGGGGCCUCCCGCCGUCCCCUCCGCUCGCCACCAUCGCUCCCAAGGGCGACGAGGACCUGCUGGCGCUGGCCGCGUCGCGGCUGAGCCGCAGGAAGCGGGUGGCCGGCGUGGCCAUCGGCGUGGCGAUGCUGCUGGUGCUGCUGGUGGCCAUCCCGCUGCUGGUGCACGGCUCCAAGGCGGCCGCGCACUACGAGAUGCUGGGCAGCUGCCGCAUGGUCUGCGACCCCUACCCCGAGCUGCCGCCCCCCUCCCCGCCGCCCUUCCUGCCCGGGGCCAAGGGCGAGCCGGGCCGCAAGGGUCGCACCGGCCUCCGCGGGCCGCCGGGGCCGCCGGGGCCGCGGGGACCCCCGGGAGAGCCGGGGCGGCCGGGCCCGCCGGGACCUCCGGGCCCGGGGCCGGGCGGGUACAUCCCGUCCUUCUACAGCCCCAAAAUCGCUUUUUACGCCGGCCUGAGGAAGCCGCACGAGGGUUACGAGGUGCUGCGCUUCGACGACGUGGUGACUAACGUGGGCAACUACUACGAGCCCUCGAGCGGCAAGUUCACCUGCCCGCUGCCCGGCAUUUAUUUCUUCACCUACCACGUCCUGAUGCGCGGCGGGGACGGCACCAGCAUGUGGGCCGACCUCAUGAAGAACGGGCAGGUCCGGGCCAGCGCCAUCGCUCAGGACGCAGACCAGAACUAUGACUACGCGAGCAACAGCGUCAUCCUGCACCUGGACGUGGGCGACGAGGUGUUCGUCAAGCUGGACGGGGGCAAGGUGCACGGCGGCAACACCAACAAGUACAGCACCUUCUCCGGCUUCAUCAUCUACCCCGACUGAGCCCGGGGCCCCCGGGACCCCCAAGUACAGCACCUUCUCCGGCUUCAUCGUCUGCCCCGAGCGACCCCCGGGACCCCCCUGGACCGGGACCCCCCCCCCCC